AUGUCCGCCUCCCCCUCCGUCGACGAGCACCACCUCAAACGUCUUCUUGACCUUCGUUCUGCGCGCACGGCCGACAUGUACAACCACCGCCGCUUCCCUUCCCUCUCAGAAAUGUCAGACUCUCCUUCGAUCUACAGCCACGCACAGUUCUCCCCACAGCCUAUGGACAGAGCUGAGCUCCAAGCGAACACAGCAGCGUUCAACUUUGCCAUUCCUUCUCAGUACAAACGAACCGCCUCGCGCGAUCCAGAGCCUAGGACUCCUCGUUUCGACCGCGAACGUCUCAACGACCCCUCUGCGAGCACCCUCAUCCUCGAUGACGACUCCGUCUCCUCCCGUGCCAACUCAGAAAUAUACUAUGAUUCCGACCAUGAGGUCGACCCAGAGGAACAGGUUCAGGACGAGGACACUGGCCCUCGCAUGAGCUACCUCGGCCCAAAGAUGAGGUUUCACUCUCCAGCCCCUUGGGAGACAGGAGAGGAGACAGUUAUCGAGCAGGAUGAGCCAGACGAUGACGCCCGUUCCUUCAUCUCACGGCGUGGUAGGAACUGGACCAAAGGCUUCGGUCUCGCUACUUCCAAGUUAGGUGGCGCCUCGAGACCCAGCGGCGAAUCGACUCGCUCAAGUGGAAAGGAGAAGAAGUCGUCGGACACGUCUUCAUCUUCACAAGUGUCUGCGUUUGGCGCACUGCAAGCACUUGCUCAAGCGUCUGUCUCUUCCAGCUCGAUCGGACUGUCCGCUCCGAAUGGUGCGCAGAGUUCAUCGCAGCCGCAGCCUUCCUCAUCACACGUCCGCAACCGCACAAUCUCGAACGUCAACUCGUCCUCGCAGCCACAACACCGACAGCCCGCAUCUCGUUCCAACACCUUCGACAUGCCUUCCAGCUCUGCCAUGCCGCGCUCACGCUCUCCCGCCAGUUUCAUGCCUCGUCCAGAUACUCGCCAAUCCUCCUACCGCUCCGACUCGCCUGGCUCUCAUUCGAGGCAGUCCGACUAUGCUUCUGCCUACUCUCAUCCAUACGCGAAUCCCGAUUCAUCCGCCUACAAUCGAGACUCUGUACAUCCCAAACUCGAUAUGUACCGCGCCGCAGAUACCAGAAGUAUCGUCCAUGCAGAGUCGAACACGACCCUGCAGGAUACCAACACGAGCGUGAGCUCCCCGUCGUCGAGACGUGGAUCGGUUGCCACGGUAGCUAUCUCCCCGGACACUUCUCCAGGGUCUGCAGGGAACAGCAAUGUCGAUAUCGCAGGCAUGAAGCGUUCUGUGGGCCACAUUCAGGGCAAGACCAUUUCAAGUCCUAUGCCCGCUGAUGGUCAUGCUCUGCGCUCUGUGGCGAGCAUAUCGAGUAUCGCUUCGCGGUCGCGUAUUGAUUCGUCGCUUCAACCUCCUGCCAACCCUCUGUCGCGGUGGAACGACCUUCCGGCCUCCCCGACGUUCACGCUCAUAUCUCUGGAGCAGGCGCAAGCCCAGGCGAAGUCCCGCAGUGCUACUGCGACAGGCACGCCGUCCUCGUCGGCAAACACGUUCCUGGAUAGUGAGCCUCCUGUUCGUGUCAGCUCCAGAACCUCUGGCCAUCGCACCCGUGCACGCUCGACGAGUGCGGGAGCGAAGGCAAAGAACACUUUACAGAGUUUGACGCCAGCCGUACCCUCGGCGGCGCCGCCCUGGGAGGGGGACGCUGCCCAGGAACAAUGGAACAAUACUGCCUCCCCUCGGCCGCCAUUGAAACACAAGAGAAGUGGUUUCAUGCGCUUAUUCAAUGGGAAGGAGAGAGAGCGCUCCGUAGCGCCACCGUCACCCCCUCCUCCCGUCCCACCUCUACACGACGCCAGCCCCGCUGCUCCCGUCCCAACGAGAACCCACAAAUUGUCCGUGACCCGAGUGCCUGUCCCCACAAUCACACCUCCCCCUCCACAAUCUCUUGAUGACAAUGGCAGUGACGAACACCCCGCUGGUAGAAUGCAAGACUCGUCGCCCUCCAUGCGUGGCCGUCGCCAAUUCCCUCCUCUAACGAUUCUCCCUCCGAAUGAGACACCAGGACGCCUGACUUUGUCACCCGACGCCGUAGACUCUUCGAAACCGGACAAUCGUAGUCGGGCUACUCUCCGGCCAGAACCAACGCAAGCCAGGGGUGGUCUUGCACCACUCAGUGCCCCUCCUGGGACCACCGAAUUCCCCAGCCUCAGCUUGCGUCCCGUCUCUACCAUCUUCAGCGCUCAUUUUGACCACUUGGUGGAUUCGAACGACUCGGAGCCGGAUUCUUCCGUUGCGACGACUUUCUCGCCUCUGAGCCCUGGCUUCUCCAUGCGUUCGCCCGGAGGAAAAGGUGGCCAGGAACCCAUGAUUGCCACAGAGGAAUCGACAGCCAUCAUCCAAGCGCUUAAAGACCAGAUUUCGUCUUCUCGGAAGAUAUAUCAGACGCAGAUUUGGGAGCUGGAAGGCCAGAUUCGGGAUCUUCAUGCAGAGGUGGAUGAGUUGCGGAACCGGGAGGGUGCAGCUGGCGGCGACUUUUGUUCCGCUUGUGGGCGUGGAUCGGCUCCCCUUGAUGGCAAUGCUUCCAGCGAUGGAAGCGAAAAGCGGAGUAUUGUGAACAGACCCAGAGCACGGACGGGAGUCGGUGGUUCUCGGUUUGUUUCCAAGUGAUGAGAUGCCCUCUUAAUGUCUCGUCGGCCUUUCGUUCUCUUUUAUGGUCGACGUGUAUAUACCGUCAUGACUUUGUAUCGUUGGAUUCGGACAUCUGGAUGGACUUUUUGAUCUGCACGUUUCGUGGUACGGGCAUCAUCUUACUUGAUUUAUUUCACUAUUUGUUCACUGUCUUUUCUUCCCCAUUUGUCUUCUUCAGCUCUCUUCUGAGGGCUUCUUUCAUUUGUGGUUAUUUACCAUAUAUCCUUUUAUGUGUUCACAUCUCUUUUAACGACCUUCCUUAAUACUGUGUAACUACUCUACCCUUUUUUUGUCCAUCUUACCACCCCCUCUCUUUUCACCCCCUUCCUCGGCGCCUUCCACUGUGCUGUCGACAGGUCGGAGCGACCGACCCCCACCCCUGGAUUCUGUUGUAUGUCUGUUAGACUGCGUUAUAUUCCUCCUCCUCUGUCUCUCCUCGUCUCCUUGUCGCACAUGCAUACCCCUGUGGCAUAAUUGUUGCAUUCCACACUCUCUUUGUUGCUCUUUUGUAAAUAGGUCGUCGAUAGGGCGAUGCAUCUAUACGUCCCCCCACUCUCCUUUCCC